AUGAAGAUUGAUGUGCCAGUUUUUGACAGGAAACUGGAACCCAACGCAUUCGAGGAUUGGUUAACAGCCAUUGAGGAUUACUUCGAUUGGUUUUUCAUCUCAAAGGAUAGGAGGGUUCGGUACGUCCGAAUGAAAUUGAAGGGGCAUGUGCGAGCAUGGUGGGCAACUGUGGAAGAACGGUUACGACGUACGCGGCUUCCAGCGGCCUCCAAUCAGGAAGAAACAAAGGAGAGGCUCAAGGAAAAAUAUUUGCCCAUUGAUUACGAGAAAAUGAUGUUUAAGGAAAUUUUGCAGCUCAGGAAGGGGCUGAUGAGUGUGGAUCAAUUCCCGGACCGCUUCCACGAGUUGAUUAUCCACAGCAAAAUUGUUGAAACCGAACAACAAACUUUGGCUCGAUACCACACCGGCUUGCGGAGUGAGCUACGUAGAGAGAUGUGGACUGCUCGCUUACUCAACGUCGAGGAGGCAUACCAAUUGGCUCUCCGUAUUGAGAAAUAA